AGCUAGCUGUAGGGGGCGGUGACCGCGCUCUUGGGACAGCUCCGCGCCCUGGGCGGGACAGAUCCAAGUUGGGAACAGCUGUGGGACCCGGGCAUCCAAGAUGAGGCCGACGCUCGCCCUGUGCCUCCUCUGGCAGGCUUUCUGGCCUCGGCCUGGCUGGGGCGAGCACCCCACCGCCGACCGCGCGGGCUGCUCGGCCUCGGGGGCCUGCUACAGCCUGCACCACGCUACCAUCCAGAGGCUGGCGGCCGAGGAGGCCUGCAGUCUGCGCGGCGGGGCGCUCAGCACCGUGCGCGGGGGCGCAGAGCUCCGCGCGGUGCUUGCACUCCUGCGGGCAGGCCCGGGACCCGGAGGGGGCUCCAAAGACCUUCUGUUCUGGGUGGCGCUGGAACGCGGGCGAUCCCACUGCACCCUGGAGAACGAGCCGUUGCGGGGUUUCUCCUGGCUGUCCCCCGACGCCAGUGGGUCCGAAAGCGACACGCUGCAAUGGGUGGAGGAACCCCAACGCUCCUGCACCUCUCGGAGUUGCGCGGGACUCCAGGCCACCCGGGGGGUCGAGCCCGCAGGCUGGAAGGAGAUGCGAUGCCACUCGCGCGCCAAUGGUUACCUGUGCAAGUACAAGUUUGAGGGCUUGUGCCCCGCUCCGCGCCCCGGGGCCGCCUCUAAUUUGAGCUACCGCGCGCCUUUCCAGCUGUCAAGCGCGGCGCUGGAUUUCAGUCCCCCAGGGACCAAGGUGAGUGCGCUCUGCCCCGGGCAGCUCUCCAUCAUAGCCACCUGCAUCGCGGACGCGGUCAGUGCGCGCUGGGACGGGAUACCCGCCGGGGCUGAGCUCUGUCCCUGUCCCGGGAGGUACCUCCGUGCUGGCAAAUGCGCGGAGCUCCCUAACUGCCUAGACGACUUGGGAGGCUUUGCCUGCGAGUGCGCCGCGGGCUUCGUGCUGGGGAAAGACCAACGCUCUUGUGUAACCAGUGGGGAAGGACAGCCGGCCCCUGAGGGGACCAAGGUGCCCACCAGGCCGGCCGCUACUGCCAGCCCCGUCCCGAAGAGAACAUGGGCACCCACGGUAAAGGAGAAGCCAGCAGAUAUACCCCAUGUCCCUGGACAAGGCAGUUCAGCAACAUCUUUUCCCGAGAUUCCUCAUUGGGGAGCACAGAGCACGACGUCUACCCUUCCGAUCUCCCCUCAAGCCAGCUCACAGGCCGCCACCACCUCUUCAGGAAGCGUGACUCCCAAGUUUAAUUCCACGUCUUCUUCUGCCAUUCCCCAAACUUUCGACUCCUCCUCCACGGUGGUAUUCAUACUUGUGAGCAUAGCGGUCGUAGUGUUGGUUAUCUUGACCAUGACAGUACUGGGGCUUUUCAAACUGUGCUUCCACAAAAGCCCUUCCUCCCAGCGGAGAAAGGAACCCUUGACCCAGCAGGGCAUGGAGAGUGAUACUGAAGCCGCUGCUCUGCGUUCCAGUUCUGUACAUUGCACAGACAAUGGGGUGAAGGUGGGGGCCUCUAGUCUGCGGGACCCAGCAGAGGGCGCCUCCCAGACAGGGUCCUCUCUUGGCUCUGGUGACACAUAGGGAAAUGGAACAAUGGGCACUUCAGAGCAGAGUUUUUCACUUUCAAUGAAAAGGGAGAAGAAAUCCCUUAUUUAUGGGACUAACUAUUCUUAUAGGAAAUCCCCUUCCCCCAAAUUCCCUCUACUCCACUAAGGAGCCAAAUCUGAACUAGACACUCAUUUCCUGAAGAUGGAAGAUGUCGAAGUGCCUUAUGGUGGGAUUGGGGGCCAGAAUCCUACUGGGGAGUGGUAUUUACUUGUGCUGAUUCUGGGGGAUUUGGAGAAGUGGUUGGACUUUUGAGAUAUGGGAAGCAAACAGAGAACAGUACAAUAAAAAAAAAAAAUUAACCAACUUGGAAAGGAAACUGUCUGCUUCCUUCAGGCUGGACAUAUAUUUGUUUGAAGUUCCCAGGAAAAAAAUAAAGGAUUGUUGAUAACCCACACUCAGAUAUCAUUGGUCUUCUGGAGGAUUGAUUAUUUAGGAAAAACAGCUGAGGGACAUGCUGAGCAUAGAAACAAGGGCACCUCCUUCUCUCAGAUUGAAGGGGAAAUCUUCAAGUCCUUGUAACGAAGAGUCGCUCUUUAACAACCAGCAACCUUUUUCCUAGUUCUUUUAUACUUUGCUUUCAAAGUCACUGCUACUUAUGUGCUCAGCUAUAAAUCCAAACUGUAGUGUUGCCAGAGUAGCUGGCUCUGGAAGCAAAUUAGAGUUGACCACCAAUUCAAGUGUUUACUGUGUGUCCUUGCUCAAGGAAACAAAUGAUUUGUGUUUUCCUUUUCCAACAUUUGCUCUCCAGUGUAAUGACCUUCCCAACCAAGUAGCCCUCUCCUAAGCAUCAGGAUGCUGAUCCUCACUUCCAAUUAUGGCAAUGUUAAUUUCCAAUUAAAACGUUAAUGCUAAGUAUUGAUUUGAAAUCUUUUGGGUGCAUUAAAGCAAAAAUGAGCUGGAUUUCUUCCAAAGUUGCUAGGUUUUCAUGCACUCUUUACUUCAUGAAAAAAAAAACUUGAAUUCCAAACUAUUUCCUUACCUCCCUUUUAAAAAGUGUGUGCAGUGACCAUACAUGCCUAUCUUGGAAUGUUUAUAAUAACAGUCAUGGUAACAGCUCUCCCUAAGAAUUAAUAGCAUAAGAAGUCAGUGGUAAAUACAAAUGUUUAUCAUCUUCUUAUGACUUGGAGCAUUAGAAAGUAAUCUAAAUGACACAUUCAUCUAAAAAACAAUUACGUUGUAAUAAUCAUUAUCUAGUGGAGUUGAGACCCCUAAAAAAGAUUCCACUUCUAUAGUAUGCUAAGACUUUAAGACGAAAUGUGUGAGGGUUGUGACAUGCAGAGAGAAAAACAAGCCUAGUAACCAGGAAGAAUGAAAAUAGGAAGUUUGCGCUAUGUUUUCAUGGGACCAUUUUGAUGUUCUUAAGUGUACAAUGUAUAAAAUACAUAUAUAAAAUAUAUAUGGUAUUGUGACAUUAGAGGAGUAAAGUAGCAGGUAAUUUGCUUCAUAUAUUAAAUAUAUGUCAUAUAUA